UGAAGUGGACUGAGAUUUCUGAACUGCUCAGCCUACACCCAGCUUUUCCCAGCAGCACAGAAGCAGGUCACCAUCAUGAGUGAGGUCACCAGGAACUCUCUGGAAAACAUCCUUGCACAGCUCAAGUGCCAUUUCACCUGGAACUUAUUCAGGGAAGGAAGUAUCUCAACCCAUAUGGAAGACAGAGUGUGUAACCAGAUUGAAUCUUUAAGCUCUGAGUACAAAGCGACAAUGUACAACUUGUUGGCCUAUAUAAAACACCUAGAUGGUGAAAACGAGGCAGCCCUGGAGUGCUUGGCACAAGCUGAAGACUUCCUGAAGCCAAAGAAGAAUGAUCAAGCAGCAAUUAGAUGUCUGGUCACCUGGGGAAACUAUGCUUGGGUCUACUAUCACAUGGGCCGGCUCUCAGAAGCUCAGGCUUAUGUUGACAAGGUGAGACAGGUUUGCAAGAAGUUUGCAAAUCCUUACAGCAUGGAUUGUCCGGAACUUGACUGUGAGGAAGGAUGGACGCGCCUAAAGUGUGGAAGGAACGAAAGAGCUAAAAUGUGUUUUGAAAAGGCUCUAGAAGAGAAGCCUAGUGAUCCGGAGUGCUUGUCUGGGCUUGCAAUUGCCACGUACCGUCUAGAAGAAAAGCCUGAGAAGCAGUACCCGGUCGAUGCGCUGAAGCAGGCCAUGGAGCUGAAUUCUAAGAACCAGUAUGUCAAAGUUCUCUUGGCCCUGAAACUUCAGAAGAUAAGAGAAGCAGCUGAAGGGGAGCGAUUGAUUGAAGAUGCCCUGAGAGAAGCUCCUGAUCAAACAGAUGUCCUGCAAAAGGCAGCCCAGUUUUACAAGAAAAAGGGUAACCAAGACAGAGCUAAUGAAUUCCUUGUAAGAGCACUGAGAUCCACAGCACACAACAGUUCCCUCUACUGCUUGGUCAUGUGUAGUUACAGGGUAAAACUGGAACAAUUGAGGAAUGCAGGAGAUGCUGAAACCAGUGACAGCAGAAAGAAGAUGGAAGAACUGAGAAGAUUAAUGAUGGAGUACAUGCACCAGGCUCUUGAGCGGAGGCGUAGCCCUCUGAACUCCUACUCAGAUCUCAUCGACUUCCCGAAAGUAGAACAAUGCUAUCAGUUGGUCUUCAGCGAGGAGAGCCCUCGUGCUGAGGAACAACAGCUCUACCAGCGUUAUUGUGACCUCCAGGAGUAUCACCGGAAGUCUGAAGACCUGGCUGCCCUGAAGGUUUUUCUGCAGUUUCACAGAAAUGAAACAUCCAUUGAGAAGGAAGAGAGAAAACAGCAAGCAUAGGCCGCUGACAAAAACCUGCAGCAGCAAAAUGUGCAGGAUUCUUGGCAUCUCCUGGGAAUAAAUCAGAAGCUGGAGGGGGGCGGGGGACACAGGCAGCCUUUUCUUUCUUUC